GUUGACCCAUACAGCGAGAGUAAGGAAAGACGACAACUCGGAAUAGUGUUCUGCUGGAAUCGUAUGUUUGAGACGAAUUCGCCUUGAAGCACUAAGAGAAACAAUUACGUGCAAUUAGUAUGCCUCCAAAGGGAAUGAAGUAUCGGGAGUUGUAUUUACAGUGUGAGUGGUCUACAUGUAAAGAUAUAUUUACCGAUUCCGUUGACAAUUUUAUCAGCCAUGUCAAAGUUCAUGUACAGGAGUUUCUAUCAUCACAACAUGGCGAGGGAAAUGAACGUCAAGCAUCGCAGGAAUGUCAAUGGAAAGACUGUGACUAUGUCUCUUCAGGGAGCUCUAAUGAUUUAGUUAAGCAUACAUACUUCCAUGCUUAUCAUACUAAACUUAAAUGGUAUGGUCUGCAAGAACAGACGCGAUGUAAACUCAAUCCAUGCCAGUUAGAUAUGCAGAGUAGAAACCUUAUACCUGAUUUACCGGAAAGAUUUCAAUGUGACUGGCAUCAGUGUAUGUACCAUGUGGAUAAUCCAGAGUAUUUUUACAGGCAUGUUGAGAUGCACGCGAUGACAUCUGAGCCUAUUGUGUUGUCAGAUAAUUCAGAGGGUGUGGUAUGCAGAUGGGGAGGUUGCCAUACCAACUGUAAAAAUAAAUACAAAUUAAAGGAACAUCUAAAGAGCCACACUCAGGAGAAGAUGUAUGGUUGUUGUGUUUGUGGUGGUUUAUUUUAUAAUCGUACUAAAUAUGUAGACCACUUAGACAGGCAGUUAGCAGUUGAAUUGCAGAGAUUCCAAUGUUCACAUUGUUCCAAGACUUUUUCUACUGAGAGACUACUAAGGGACCACAUGAGACAUCAUGUAAAUCAUUAUAAAUGUCCAUUCUGUGAUAUGACAUGUCCAGCACCAUCAGCACUGAAUAAACACAUCAGAUACCGACAUUUGGAUGAAAAGUUACACCGAUGUGAUCUCUGUGAAUACAGCUGUAAAUCUGCCUAUGAUUUGAGACGUCAUAUUGAUAGUCAUAAUGCAGCACUUAUGUUGAAAUGUCAAGUCAAUGACUGUUCUUACAAAACUAAAGCUAUUCAAUCUCUUCGAUUGCACUACAAGAAGGUACAUCAUAAUGAAGAAGCUCGGUACCUUUGUCACAUUUGUGAUAAUAGCUUCUCCAGAGGAAGUCUACUCACAAAACAUCUCAAGAAGAAACACAAAUUUAAAUGGCCAUCUGGACAUCCACGGUUCAGGUAUAAACUGCAUGAUGAUGGAUUUUACCGUCUGCAGACAGUCAGAUACGAGAGUGUAGAGCUAACAGAACAGUUAAUAAAUGAGAAACAACAAUCUAGCCAUGGUAGCAGACAGGAAGAACAAACUAUGGUAGAACAUGAACAAAGUGGGAACAGCAGUGAUAGUGAUGUUGAACUAACCAUAGAAGAUAAAUAUAAACAAACUAUGCAUCAAAUAGACGCUCUCAAGGAUCACCUUGCAUUCCGCAAGGAGAUGGCAAGAAGAUCACAAGCUGCAAGUGAGGAAUGGAAAUCCAAAAUGAGAGGUGCAGAAGACCAGUUGGAAAGCCAUAAAUCAGAUCAAAAGUCGGUCACAUCAGGUAUGCUAAUAUAUGUACACACUUAA